UGGAUGACCGUUCUGUCAUACUGUGGUGUGUUCGUGUAAUUUUGCAUUUAUUUCAAGAAAAAAAUCCCAAAAUGAGUCUGGAAAUCGAGUCAAUGACGCGCUACGCGUCACCAAUCAACCCGGCUAUUUUUCCGCACCUCACGAUGCUUCUGCUGGGUAUCGGCAUAUUCUUUACGGCGUGGUUCUUCGUCUACGAAGUCACUAGCACCAAAGUAUCCAGAGAUUUGUUCAAGGAGCUGCUUCUCUCACUAGUGGCAGCUCUUUUCUCUGGCUUCGGCAUCCUGUUUCUCCUACUAUGGGUCGGCAUCUAUGUGUGAUAUAAACUCUUAGGUAUUUUAAGCUGUGCACCAUUCCUUGGCAAGCGUGAUAUGGGUUUGUCUGUCUGAACAGAUGAUUUUGUAUAUUUAAGAAGUAAAAUUUAUUAUAUUAUGCAGGAUUUGUUAUUUUGUUCUUAUCGUUUCUCUAUAGUGGAAAUACUGGUAUAUUGUUUUAUUCCUUAAAUUAUCCUUUUGGUACGAAUCUAGGUAAUAAAUCUAAAAAAUCUAUCUAAAUCUAAAAAUCUAA